AUGCUUGUCGUCUUAGACACUGUCCCGAGUGAAAAGAGCUUCACUGUGACCCUUGGUAACUUCAAGCCAGACGUUGAGCUGAAGAACCUGACCAUCAAUGGGGUUCCGCUGACCCUUCCUGAGGCCGAGAACAGGGGUGUGAAGAUCAUUAUGGUCCAGCACCCCAAUGGCACAAAGGAUUUUGUCCUGAAGGUCCCUUUCAACAACCCGCUGGUAUUGGUAGAGUAUGUUGGGAAUCUCAUCAGGAGAUACACCUUGAACAUCAACUACACCUUGAACAUAGUCCCCCAGAAUGAUCCAUAUUUCCACCCAGCCACUAUUGUGUGCGAUGUGAAGGAUGUCAGUCUCCCUGAUGUCAAAAGCUUUUGUACAGAAACCAGCAUAGUGUUUGAAGUGACCCCAGGCAACAUGGACUCCAACUGGGAGCUGUACAUUGGGAAACACCCUCUACCCUACACCAUCACCUACCCCAAGACUACUAUCGAGUUGCCGCUCUUCAGCAUUGGCUACAUCUAUGAGGAUAUCUCUCUUAGGGGCCUUGCUGUUCGAGUGGAGCUGAACAUGAGGAACGUCAAGAACUUGCAGAUCGAGAAGCAGUUUGUGCAACGCUGCCCAAUCCCAACCAGGGAGCUACUAGUGUGCAUGCCUAACGGAGUGAUAACUGUGGUGGCUGUGACAAUGGAGCCCAUACCAGUGGUGGAACCCAGCAAGACCACCCUACUGGACCGGACUUGCAAGCCCAAGGAGUUCGACUCUACCAGGGCACUUUUCACCUUCCGUGUGAACACCUGUGGGACUACCAGCAAGAUUGUGAAUAACUACCUGGUGUAUGAGAAUGAAGUGGUGUAUGCCAGAGCACUGUUCCCUCCCAGUGCUCCAGUGAUCACUAGAGACUCUGAAUACAGGCUGACAAUCCGUUGUCGUUACCCGCUCAAUGACACCCUGAUGCUUGCUGCUGAAAGAAUGGCUGUCCCUUCUCCGGCCCCCUUCUCUGGAAAUGGACGAGGAUCCUUGCAUUUCCGCUCUUACGACCCUGUGGCUAGAGGCCACAAGAGACCGAGAGAUGUUAUGAGUCUCAAGGCUCGAAUAGCAAGGGAUAUAAGCUACUCCCAGUUCUACUCUACGUUCCCUGUGUCCCAGUCUCUGCUGGCACCCCUGUUCCUCCAGGUUGAGCUCCUGCACCCUCACGGCUUGGCUGACCACCUCAUCCUGCAGGACUGCUGGGCCACACUGACCCCUGAACUGGAUGCCAGCCCUCAAUGGGACCUGGUCACUGACAGCUGCCUGGUCACAGGAGAUUCCUACAGGACCCGGUUCCACCCAGUGCUGGCAGACACUCUCGCAAGGAGUUCCUCCCACCUCAAGAGGCUUGAGGUCCAGGCACAGCCUAACGAGGAUCCUGCCUUCUGGAGACAGGUGUAUUUCCAUUGCAUGGCUGUAGUUUGUGAUCCUAAUCUGGAGGACACCUGCAAUAAGACGUGUGUGCCUGGAGACCAGAGAUCUGCUCGCAGUGUUGAUCGUUUCAGGAAGACCCGUGGAUAUGUUUCUGCUGGACCUGUCCACAUGAAACCUGAGGGGGAAGUUGCUGAUAUCAAAGCUGCGGACUCUUCUCUGCUGCCCUACUCUGUUCCACUUGUGGGAGUCGCUGCUGUCUUUGUCUCUGGACUCUUGUUGCUGGUUGCUGUGGUUCUGUCUGUUAAAUCAUAGAUGUUGAUCCUAUGCUUUUGAAUAAAGAUUCAGCUUUGAGGCUGAGUGGUUUCUUUUUUCUUAAUCCAAAGUACACUAAACCUGACUUGUUGCUAGUGAACUUCAGAAACUUGUAUGUGGUCUUGUGGUCACUACACUAAACCUUCUGGCUUGACCUCCAAUGUAAAAUGGCUAGUUUCACAGACCAUGAU